AUGGAUGCUACUACUCUGCAGGACGGGACCACAGAGGUCUCCAUCCCGCUCCCGCGGUCUCUCGACACACGCAUCUACAUCCGCCUGUCGACACGCACGCGGGCCGUCGUCGUGUGCCUGACCACAGCGUCGGAGGAUGAUCACGGGGCGGCAGUCCCCAUGGGGUCGUUCGUCUAUGCCCUUCCCAAUAGGGUCGACUCUAGCCAGCCUCUGUCCACGGCCCUCUUCCCCCACGAGCCAACGUUGGAAUUCACGACGCGCAUGGCCAAGCUCCUGGCCCGCAAGACGGAUCUCCCAGUCUACGUGACCAACUCGAUCAGCUUCGUCAACGCCGGCAUGGGCGGCACGGUGGAGGAGGAGAUGGAGGCCUUCAAGAGUAUCGUCCAGGUUGCUCUGGAGCACAUCAAGGAUGUCGGGGGAAAGGCAGCGGCGGACGGGAACCGAUCCUGA